UCCAUUCAGGACACCGCACUGUCGGAGGUGGGAGGAGACUGCGUUGCGUCUGUGCUGACCUGGGAUGCAGUUUCAGGUCAGAAUCAGAAGAUGUGCAAGUUACGCAUGACACAGCUUUUUAAAGUGCUUUUCCCCUGCACUAAUCAAGAGGGAGGUCAGCCCUCAGGUGUGCUGGACCCGGGAGGGACUGUGAGCUCUAAGAAGUAACAAGCCCCUUGAACUUCACAAGCUGGCCAGGGAGCCAUAUCCCGAAUGCCACUGCCACUUCCUCAUGGUGCAAGGCUUGUUGGGACCUGCCACCUUGCUGAGGGAGGUGCUGAAGUAGGUGGUUUCCCUGUUCCAAUGCGGUAUGCGGUCUUGCAGGCCGAGGCAUUCCCCAGGGGAUGACGGAGGCCCCGCCGGGCUACAAGCCAGGGCAAACACGGAACUUGUGUCCUUAGCCGGCAUCCCAGGAAAGAAGCCCGGGGUCAAGUUCACACCUCAUGAGAUCACAGUGACCAGCUCUGCCCAGGCUGCCCUAGUACGUGCCUGAAGCAUCGCUGAGGUCACAUCUAGCCACGGUGACCGUGGUGAGAUGUGAGGAUUAACCAGACUAGGACUGGGGAGGUGAGGAAGGUGACAAGGACCCAGUUCCAGCUUCUAACGGGGUGUGGGAUCUUUGAGCAAGGAAGAAGAUGCUGGGGAGAAUGAGUCUGGCUUUGUUCUUGUUGGGAGGUGUUCAAGCCAUGGCUGGACCAGAGCAUGAGCCAUCCUCAGUGUGAGAGGCAGUUACUGCCACGGUUGGGCUGCCUGGUAGGCCUGGAGCUCAAAAUGAGUCAGUCUCUCUCUGGAAAGCGCAAGACAGAGACAGCGCUGGUGGCAGCUGGGCUGAAGCCAGCAGCUUGGAGAUGAGGCUCAGGCCCUGACGGGGGAAAUCUUACCCAGCCUCCCCAGAUGGCACAGAGACAGGUCUGGCAGGUGCACGGAUCCACAAAUCUAGAAGAGUCUGGGGUUGUCACAUCCACCAACUAGGCUGGCUGUCUAUAUACACUUUGUCACUGUGUAGGCCCAGGAUGCUGUUAACAUCAACAGCUGCAGGAUUUCACCCAUCUACAAAUUUUCUCUGCCACACGGCUACUGCCACUUUAAUUCACAAAGCCAAGCCCUUGCACUCAGGACCCUGGCCCAACCCUCUUUGGCCAAGCAAAGAGGAAACGAGAACAAGACAGAAAAAAAUGUGGGACCGGACCAGGCACCUGGCUGUCCGUUGAGGCCUUGCUAUGCGAUCCAGGACGGAAGGUGCCGGCAGCAAGCUCAUACACUCUAGCUGCGUGUCAUGUCAUUGAAGAGGGCGCGUGAUCCAGCUGGAAGGGUGGAUAAAAGUGUAACUGCCCAAUGGGUUCACCUUCCCUGUUACCUAGACAGCCAAUUUAUCAAGAAAGGGCAUUUGCAACAGAGAAAAGGUAAUUCACGCAGAGCUAGCUGUGUGGGAGACUGGAGUUUUAUUAUUACUCGGUCUCCCUGAGCAUCUGGGGUUUGGAGUUUUUAAAGAUAAGCUGGUGGGUGGGGGGCAGCCAGUGAGUCAGAAGUACCCAUUGGUCAGGUCAGAGAUGAAAUCACAGGGAGUCGAAGCUGUUUUCGCACUGAGUCAGUUCCUGGGUGCCACAACAUCAGAUGAGCCUGGGUGGUGCCAGGUGACCCAUCAAGUGCUGAUCUUAGGCUUUACGAUGGUGAUGUUAUCGCCAGGAGCAGUUUGGGAAGGGUCAGAAUCCUGUAGCCUCCCGCUGCGUGACUCUUCAACCGUAGUUUCUAAUCUUGUGGCUAAUCUGUUGGUCCCACAAAAGCAGGCUAGUCCCCAGGAAAGGUUUCUUUUGGGAAAGGGCUGUUAUCAUCUUUGUUUUAAACUAAGUUCCUCCCACAGUUCAACCUGCGCGCAGCAAUAAACAAGGAGGGCAUGGAGGUUAGAAGCAAGAUGGAGCUGGUUAUCUCACUGUCAGCAAAUUUUGCAAUGGCAGUUUCAUAGAGAUGCCUGUCCUCUGGGAAAAAAGCUAAUAACAGGUUGUCUUUUUGGCUGCAGGUGGAAAACUGCAUCUAUUAGGCAGAGGUGGGGCUUUGUUCUUACCCACAAUUGGAAGUUCUCUAUGGAGUAAAGGCAGUGUGUGUGCCACCUGAUUCCUUUCCCCAUGUGUAUCUGGUUAGGGUCGGCCACGUGAGAUCCGCAAGCAUUUUAGAAGGUGGGAGGGGAGGUGGGAGCUGGCUACAGGCCAGGCGUUGGCGUGGUUCCGUGAGUGUGCUCCAGCCAAGCCCAAAGCUUCUCCUGCCCAGGGGGACCGUUUCCUCCAGCGUAGGUCGGGUGCUUCUGCGCCCGGUAAGAGCGCCAGCUCCUCCUUCGGGUGACCCAGGGAGCGGGGCUGCAGGCAAAGGCCCAGGCGGCCAAAAAGGUGCCAACCGGGUCCUGUGGCUUUCAGUUGUCUCUGCCCACCCAAUUCACACCAUCUUUCCCCCUCAGCCGCCUGUCCUGGGACUUCAGGCUCAGCACCAAACGCAGCAAAAGUAGGUGCACAGAGAGCGGGGUCAGCUUCACGCAGCCCGAGCAGAACGGCUGUGCUGCCGCCCCAGGCCCGCGGCCACCGCUGUGUGUGUGGCAGGAGUCAGCCCCCCAGCGUGGGGCCCCGAAGCCCGCGGUCCUUCCACGGGGAGGGCCAGGCCCGCAGGGCGCAGACGAUGGGGGACAGGCUGCGCCAGCGCUCGCCUGAGGCCCCGCACACAAACCUCAGGCCCAUGGGUCCGCUCCGCGGGGCAGGCGUCGUGGGCCCAAGGAGGCCAGGCCAGGAGUCUCGGCCUCGGGGUUACGCGGCGGCGGGCAGCUCUUCCGCUCCGCUCAGGGUGCUGCUAACCCACAGCAAAGCAGCGACCCGCAGGACCGGCGAGAACCCCGCCACUGCCUCCGGCCGGAAGAGAACGGGCAGAGAUACACGUCACUUCCGGGGCGUGGCGUGGCCGGGCGUGGCUGUCCCGCCCCUGGCGGCGUGCCUGGUGCCGUGUUCCGUGUCUGUGCGACCGUCCGUCCCGAGCGCGCAGCCGCGGCAGGCCAGGUCAGAGCAGCCCACCAUGGGAUGGGGAGGGGGUGGAGGCUGCACCCCGCGCCCACCCAUCCACCAGCAGCCGCCGGAGCGCCGCGUGGUCACCGUUGUCUUCCUCGGCCUCCUGCUGGACCUCCUGGCCUUCACGCUGCUGCUGCCCCUGCUGCCCAGGCUGUUGGAGAGCCACGGCCGUGCCCACGACCCCCUCUAUGGCUCCUGGCAGGGCGGGGUGGACUGGUUUGCCACCGCCAUCGGGAUGCCAGUGGAGAAGAGGUACAACAGUGUCCUGUUCGGAGGUCUCAUUGGCUCGGCCUUCUCUGUCCUGCAGUUUCUGUGUGCGCCACUCACUGGGGCCACCUCUGACUGCUUGGGGAGGCGCCCGGUGAUGCUGCUGUGCCUGAUGGGUGUGGCCACCUCAUAUGCAGUCUGGGCCACCUCUCGGAGCUUUGCGGCCUUCCUGGCCUCCAGGCUGAUUGGGGGCAUCAGCAAAGGGAACGUCAGCCUCUCCACGGCCAUCGUUGCUGACCUGGGCUCGCCUCUGGCCCGCAGUCAAGGCAUGGCGGUCAUUGGGGUGGCCUUCUCACUGGGCUUCACCCUGGGCCCUAUGCUCGGAGCCUCCCUGCCCCUGGAAAUGGCACCCUGGUUUGCCCUGCUCUUCGCAGCCUCCGACCUGCUGUUCAUCUUCUGCUUCCUGCCAGAGACGCUGCCCCUGGAGAAACGGGCGCCCUCUAUGGCCCUGGGGUUCCGUGAUGCGGCUGAUCUGCUCAGCCCCCUGGCCCUGCUGCGCUUCUCGGCUGUCGCUCGUGGCCAGGACCCACCCUCUGGAGACAGGCUCAGCAGCCUGCGCCGCCUGGGCCUAGUCUACUUCCUCUACCUCUUCCUGUUCUCGGGCCUGGAGUACACGCUGAGCUUCCUCACACACCAGCGCUUCCAGUUCAGUAGCCUACAACAGGGGAAGAUGUUUUUCCUCAUCGGCCUCACCAUGGCCACCAUCCAGGGUGCCUAUGCCCGGCGGAUCCACCCUGGCGGGGAAGUUGCUGCCGUGAAGCGGGCCCUCCUGCUGCUGGUGCCUGCCUUCCUCCUCAUCGGCUGGGGACGUUCUCUGCCCGUGCUGGGCCUGGGGCUGCUGCUCUACUCCUUUGCCGCCGCCGUUGUGGUGCCCUGCCUGUCCUCCGUGGUCGCUGGCUAUGGCUCACCAGGGCAGAAGGGCACGGUCAUGGGUACACUGCGCAGCCUAGGCGCUCUGGCCAGGGCCGCGGGGCCCCUGGUGGCCGCUUCAGUGUACUGGCUGGCCGGGGCCCAGGCCUGCUUCACCACGUGGUCCGGGCUCUUUUUGCUCCCCUUCCUCCUCCUGCAGAAGCUGAGUUAUCCGGCACAGACGCUCAAGGCUGAGUAGCUGAGCCACUGUGCCCAGGCUGUGGGCACCAGGCAGAGAGUGGGAGCCUAGGUCAGGCCCCUGCCCACUGCCUGACCCCCCCCCCCGCCCCGCCCCAGUCCAGGGAGACCCUGUGGGUGGGGGCCGGCCCCUAAGCAGGAAGCUCAGGCAGCUCCUCCAGACUUACUCCUUCAGUGACUCCAAGCUGCAGCACUCCAAGGCUGUCAGGGCUUCUCUUUGUUUUUUAAACUAUGCACCAGGUUUCUGAUGAUGAAAUAAAGCACCUGUUUGUUUUA